AUGUCGACCCACGCCUCCAGAGCCUUCGACGUGGCCGAGCUGCUCUCCAUGAUCCUCAUCUACCUCACUCCCAAAGAGUUAAAGCAAGCCUACCGCGUCAACAAAACCUUCAAGUCAACCAUCGACCAAGACAAACUCCUCCGCCUCCGCGUACACUUCUUCAAAAAGCCACUCCACCUCAACCAAGCCUUUGAAGACCACCAAACCAGCCUCUAUCGCUAUUUCGGCCGGUUCGAGACCAUCCUCCAUCCAACCCUCCAUCAAAAAAUCUCCGAGGCAAAGCAAGGCUGUCCGAACUUCUUUUACGCCCAAGCUGGAAGGAUCUGGGACCUUGAAGCGACCCACAACGCCAAGAUGUAUCAGAUCAUUUGUCAGCCGCAUGCUCCCUCCGUCAUCGUAUCUUUUGGAAAGGCGCCAUGGGCCACGCGGUGGAAGGAAGAGGUUGUGUUCGAGGAAGAAAAGGAUAUGGGUGUAAAGUUGGGACAGCUUGUUGACGCUGUGAAGCGGUUGAAAGUUUUGUGGACGCAGGAAGUUCGUGUGGAGAUGGUGCAGCGAGGUCGAGAUUCGGUGGAGUACCGUCAGGAGAUGAGUGAAGUGCUGAGAAAAGGAGGAGUGAUGGAAUUUUAG